AUGCGGCAGGUGAACCAGGCGCGGGUGGCUUUGCUGCAGCAACAUCAGAGUCAGUUUGAAAAUGGGGGCACGCCGGGCAUGCAACAGAAUAGCACUUCGCCUGCGGCACCUGUGGCGCCUUCUACGGCGGCCAGCAGCCUUGUCGGUCCCAUGGUCGUGCAUUGUUCGGCGGGCGUCGGACGAACAGGUGCCUUCAUCGCUAUAGACGCGCAACUGGAACGCAUGAAACACGAGAACUCCGUGGACAUCUUCGGCACUGUGAGCCGUAUGCGCACCCAACGCAACUUUAUGGUGCAGACGGAGCAGCAGUACGCCUUCCUCUACGAGGUCCUUGUCGAGGCAGCACGGGUCAGCGGCGCUGAGGUCACCGUGCACAGCCUCUACAACUACGUCCUGAAGCUGCGCCAACCCGCACCGACUGCCCUGCUGAGCCAGUACUUUGGCGAGAUGGGUAAUGGUGGCGUGAAGGCGAAUUACGGUGCCCCUCAACCACCCUCCGCCUCCGUCACCUCGAUGGACAUUGAAUUCCAGGUUAGAGGACACAAUGCGUAUUUUGGAAAGAAAUGUAGUUGA